ACUAUUUUUGUAUCUCUGGGGGAUACAACAUACACACUAAGGAAACACUAUUUCGCUAGAGGCAAGCUGCAAAGAAAACAGCUGAACUAAAAAAAAUGGAUAUCUUUGAAAAUACCUUUGUCCGAGGUCCAUCGCCAUCCUACUCCGACGAAGCGAACUCUGAGACAGCCUUGUCUGUCACCUUACCCAUUGGCGCUGCUGACAUGGACCUAGGACGCAUCGAUUCAAAAACGGACACGGUGAAUUAUUUCGAUGAGAAAAUGAACUGCUCCUACGACAACGACAGCUGCUCCCAUUUGCAUCCUGUGCGCCAGGGACGCAAUAGUUUCGCGUUUUGGACCGCUGUGGUGGUGUUGCUAUUGCUUACAAUUGGCAAUUUAAUCCUAACAUUGACUAUUAUGGGUGUGUUACGCCUAGGCAAAGGAGUACAGGGUAUGGAGCUGAUUCCCGAGCUGGAUUUAAUUAAAUUCUAUGAUGAAACGGAUCUGGAUCGCAUUCAAACCAAUUCCAUGGGCAUCCAUGGUUUUUCCGAUGUGCCUGUGUCGAUCAGCAGUGACGGCGAAGACAGUGGCGUUAAUCUGCGAGUCUUUCGCAAUUCGAACAGCGGCAGCAUAACCGAACGUGAUCGUGUUGUGCUUAAUAAGGAUGGCAUGGUUAUACAGGCGAAUCUCUUUGAGAUUAAAGAUCCUGCUGAUCGUUCAACGGUUUUCACCACACACCGUCCACAGUAUAGCAUGCCGUCAGGUAUGGAUGGAGUGCUGCAUGCAAAGGUUGCGAGCACUAGUCGCAUCGCUAGUCCAAUUGGUGUUCCUUUGCUCAUGGAUAGUGACGGCCAUAUUGCCGUUAAGGGCUCUGAAGGCGUAUUCCUGGAUGGCUCCACAAUAGACCUACAGGUCGAGCAUCAUGUGGCCAUCAAUUCAACCCAAGGCUCCACCAUUCUCGAGGCCGGAACAGGCAUAUUCCUGGAUAUGGUUCGCAUACCAAUUGCCAAUUCGGAGCUGGGACUACGCACCGGGAGUGUGCAGUACAAGAUUUGUGUCUGCAUGCCAGCGGGCAUUCUCUUUCGCAUUGCAAUUCCACGUGUGCAUAACGGACCCAAGAUAUCCUGUGCCCAUUUCGACAGUCAGCACGAUCCAUGCGAAGUUAACUAAUCAUAAUCAAGCACCAUCUUCAUCAGCAUUACUCAAAAAAUAACGAUAUCAUAUAUACAUAUAUACUUAUAUAUAGUAGAUGUUACUUAGCAAGUUUUAUUUGUAUUUAAGAAAAAUGUACACGUACUUAUAGAAGGUUAGUUGGUAUGCUUCAUUCUUAUUUU